AUGGACCUCUGCUUGGCACCUGCGCUGCUGCUGCUGCUGCUGCUGCUGGGAGUGGUGCCUGGGGAGGAUGGGCUUCAUUGUCUCGGGGAGGCCGGGCCGAGUCUCGGUGCGCCCGAUUCACCCGUGACGUGUUGCAGGACUCCCCAGAGCCGGGGGCCGCCCGUCCCCGCGACAGAGGGGCGGUCAGUGCCAGCCGGUCACGCCUUCGAGCCACACUCUGCGCUCCUCCGGUUCCGCGCGCCCCGCGUCUUCAGAGGGCGUGGCCGGGGGACGCGGGGGAAGCGCGCUGGUAAGGCUCCCGGAGAACUGCAGCUGCCCGCCGCUCCCUCAGGGUCACCUGGCUCGGCCGGACGGAACCGAUGCCUGGACGCGGCCGAGGCGUGUACGGCGGACGCGCGGUGCGAGCGGCUGCGCACCGAGUACGUGGCUCAGUGCUUGGGUCGGGUCGGGGCCGGAGGCUGCCCCCGCGCCCGCUGCCGCCGCGCCCUGCGCCGCUUCUUCGCCCGCGGGCCUCCCGCGCUCACCCACGCGCUGCUCUUCUGCCCGUGCGCCACCGCCGCGUGCGCCGAGCGCCGGCGCCAGACCUUCGUGCCAGCCUGCGCCUUCGCGGGGCCCGGGCCGGCGCCGCCGUCCUGCCUCGCACCCUUAGACGCCUGCGAACACAGCCGGAUCUGCGGGCCCCGCCUCCUGGCCUUUCAGGCCUCUUGCUCGCCCGCCCCCAGCGCCCCCGACGGCUGCCUGCUGGAUGAGGCCCCCCGCUGCCUGCGUGCCUACGCAGGCCUUGUGGGUACGCACUGCGGGGAUCCGGGCGCUGACUGGGUUCUCCCGGAGAUGCCUCCGCCUGGGUGGGCCGAUUACCCAGUCCUGGCGGUCCCAGCAGGCACCGCCGUCUCUCCCAACUAUGUGGACAACUCGAGCGCGCGCGUGGCGCCUUGGUGCGACUGUGGAGCCAGCGGAAACCGGCGUGAGGAGUGCGAAGCCUUCCGGGGGCUCUUCACUAGGAACCGCUGUUUGGAUGGUGCCAUACAGGCCUUUGACAGUGGGUGGCCUCCAAUCCUGCAGAACCAGCCAGAUGUCCACCAGGACCCUGAGCACAGCCUCCUGCAAGUGUCCUCCGCAGAUGGGCUCCUGGUGGCGGAAUCCCUGCUUUCCAUGCUGUUUGUCCUGGCUCUGCAGCCCCUGCUCUGACUAGGACA